CUAACCGAUUUUUUUUUAUCUUAAAUCAGCCAAUACCAGAGAUGGUUUAAUAUUUAUAUCACCUCAAAAUCAAGGAUACUAAACACUGACAACACCAAAUCUGGAGCAAAACGACAUAAGAGAAAAUGAAAAGCUAAAAAAGAUGUCAACAUUCAAGCAAAGAUUCAAGAGUAGUUGUGUGUGGCUUGUGGAGGUAAUAAAUGGACCAUAAAGGAUGGCCUUGGAAGAAGAAAUCAAUGGAGAAAACCAUUGUUGAAAGCAAUGGAGAGACUGAGAAGGUUGUGGCUGACAAGAUAGAGCUGGAAAAUCGCGUGAAAAGUCUAAAUGAUAAGCUUACCUCUGUCGAGGCUGAGAGCAAUAAGCAUGAGACUGAGGCGCAAGAAGCAAUUGUUGGUUGGGAGAAGACAAAAGCUGAAGUAGCAUCUCUCAAAAAGAAACUUGAUGAAGCUUUGAAUGAAAAACACAGGAGUGAGGAAAGGUCGAGUCACACGGAUGCUGGUCUAAAAGAAUGUAUGCAACAGCUUCGUUGUGUUCGUGAGGAGCAGGAGCGAAUGAUGCAUGAUGCUUUGGCAAAAACAUCACAGGAGUACGAACGGCGCUUGAUUGUUAUAAAGACAGAAUUGGCAGGUACUAGUAAGAGGCUUGCAGAAGCAGAAGGCGAGAACGCUCAACUCUCAAAGGCUUUGUUAGCAAAGAACAAAACUGUUGAAGAUUUAAACAGAGAGAGGGAUCGUAUCGAGGUUGAUUUCAAUUCUUUGGUGAGUAGUUUAGAGUCCAAGGAGAAAGAAAACGUUUCACUGAGAUAUGAAGUCCGAGUGCUGGAGAAAGAGCUCGAGCUUCGGAAUGAGGAGAGAGAGUUUAGCCGUCGAACCGCUGAAGCAUCGCAUAAACUGCACUUAGAGAAUGUGAAGAAAGUUGCAAAGUUAGAAUCAGAGUGUCAAAGGUUACGGGUUUUGGUAAGGAAACGGUUACCAGGACCCGCUGCUCUGUCUAAAAUGAGGAAUGAAGUAGAGAUGUUGGGAAGGAGAAGGGUCAAUGGAAGCCCUCACAGUCCGAUGAUUGAUUCCGAAAAAAUCAAUAACCUCACUGAACAAUUAUGCUUACUGGAAGAAGAGAACAAAACUCUGAGGGAAGCCUUAAACAAGAAAGUCAGUGAGCUUCAGUUCUCAAGAAAUAUGUAUUCUCGAACAGCCUCUAGACUACUAGAAUUCGAGUCUCAUCUUGAUGAAUCUUCUAAAGGCACAAACAUUGAGCCAAGCCGGAGUAGCAAUGUGUCACAUGAAGUCUCUCUUGCAUCCGUAUCAGAGUUUGAAAAUGAUGAUAAAGUUAGCUGUGCCGAUUCCUGGGCUUCUGCUUUACUUUCAGAGCUGGACAAUUUCAAGAACAAGAAGCAAAUGGGAUCAAGUUUGGUUGGAACCCCUAAAGCUUCAGAGAUGAAACUAAUGGAUGAUUUUGCUGAAAUGGAGAAGCUUGCAAUGGUUGCAAGUACAAUCGAUAACCGACGUGGAAGUUCUCCUAUUUGUUCUUCUGAUUCCAUUUCAGCUACUGGUCCGGUAGAGAACGAAUCUAAUGAAUAUACAUCAGAGGUAACUAAAACUUCUGGAACAGAUGAUUCAUUGAAUCCUGAUGCAUCUCCCAAAGAUGAUAUUAAGUCAGAUUCGUUACCUCAAUCUCUUCAUAUAAUCUUGAAAGCGGUAAUGGAGCAUAAGCGUAUCACGCAGAGAAACACUGAUGAAGUACUUGAAGAUAUCAGAAAAGCUCUGUCAAGUGUAAACCAUUCAAGCUUUUCUGUGAUAAACCACCAGGAGACUAAGACUAUCACUGUAGAGGAUAGACUAGAUAUGGAGUGUAAUAUCAGCAAAUCGAUUCACAGAAUCAUUGAAAUUAUCGAGGGAGUCAGUCUAAAAGAUGAGAGGCAUGUGUCCAAUGGAGAAUCAGAGAGGCUUUCAGGUUACACUGCUCGCGUCUUGCAAUGGAAAACUACAGAGCUAAGUAGUGUGUUGCAGCGAUUUCUUCAAACUUGUUACGAUCUGUUAGACAGAAAAGCAGACAUGAAGAAGUUCACGCAAGAGCUAAGUUUUGUGUUGGAAUGGAUGGUAAACCACUGCUUUUCUCUUCAAGAUGUUUCAACCAUGAGAGAUGAGAUUAAGAAGCAGUUCGAGUGGGAUGAAUCACGGAGCGGAAGCGAAGUUGAUAUUGGAACAUUUCGUCAGGUUUCAGAAGCAGAAAAACAUAAGACAGAAGAUGUUUCCUUUUUGGCUUGCAAAGAUCAGUUGAUAGAAGACAAACCUGGUAACCAAAAGCUGUCAAGCAAAACAGUUGAAGAAGAGGCAAAGGACAAGAGAGCGAGUGCUUCAGAGAAUGAGCUCAAGCUGGAGGAAAAACAAAACAUGCGAACCGAACUGGAAAUCGCUGCUGCUUCAGAAAAGUUGGCCGAGUGUCAAGAGACGAUUCUAAACCUGGGAAAGCAGCUCAAGGCAUUGACUAACUCGAAAGAAACAGCUUUACUUUCAGAAAAACUGAUGUCUGACAUUACAGACAAAUCAAACAACCUAGCUGGUGCACAACCUUCACAAGAGACUACUAUACCAGAGAAGAGAUUGACCAGCCAGAGAUCAUCUCUUCUGGACCAGAUGAAGGCAGAAGAUCACAACACCGGGGAAUCCAAGGAUCAGAAACCGCAAGCAGCAGAUAAAAACGGAAAGGGAGGAAACAGUUCUGUUUACAAUGAAACCAUUGAGGCAUUGGAACAAAUUCUUCUCUCAGACAAAAGCAAAGGCUCCGACUCAAACUGCUUCGCCAUUGUUCCUCAGAAAAAGAGCGGCGGAGUUAAGAGCCUCUGGAGAAAGCUGUUGGGGAGAAAUAAGAAAGGUAAGAGCAAGAAGGUCCCUAAUCCAUUUGCCACCUAAGGAGAUGGUUUCAUCUAGACUAUAAUCUAAUACCUUAAUCCUGUUUCUUUAUAUGGUCCCAAACUAUGCAAAGCAAACUGUCAUUUUCUUAGAUUUUUUUGGCAGUAUAUAUAAAUCUCCACGUAGAAU